CGGGUGUCUGACGGGACGCGGCGAGGCGGAGUUUUCCCCGGGCUCGGAGCUGUGUGGCCGGGUCCGCGAGGGCGGUGGCAGCGCCGCGGAAGCGAAGGUGAAGAAGUGCGAUGGCGCGGGCCGCACAGUGCUUGUGAAACCGAACACAGAAGUAUGGAUAUGGGAAACCAACACCCUGCUAUUAGUAGGCUUCAGGAGAUCCAAAGGGAAGUAAAGAAUAUAGAGCAGCAAGUGGUUGGCUUCAGUGGCCUGUCGGAUGACAAGAAUUACAAGAAACUGGAGAGGAUUCUGACAAAACAGCUUUUUGAAAUAGACUCUGUAGAUACAGAAGGGAAAGGAGACAUUCAGCAAGCUAGGAAGAGGGCAGCACAGGAGACAGAACGCCUUCUCAAAGAGCUGGAGCAGAAUGCAAACCACCCACACCGCAUUGAAAUCCAGAACAUCUUUAAGGAAGCACAGGCCCUUGUGAAAGAAAAGAUUGUGCCCUUUUACAGUGGAGGCAACUGUGUGACUGACGAGUUUGAGGAAGGCAUCCAGGACGUCAUUCUGAGACUGACACGUGUUAAAACUGGAGGGAAGAUCUCUUUGAGGAAAGCAAGGUACCACACACUAACCAAGAUCUGUGCAGUGCAAGAGAUUAUUGAAGACUGCGUGAAGAAGCAGCCUUCCCUGCCACUCUCUGAGGAUGCGCAUCCUUCUGUUGCCAAGAUUAAUUCUGUGAUGUGUGAAGUGAACAAGGCCAGAGGCACUCUGAUCGCACUUCUGAUGGGCGUGGACAGUACUGAGACUUGCAGGCACUUAUCGUGUGUGCUGUCAGGGUUGAUUGCUGAUCUAGAUGCUUUGGAUGUGUGUGGGCAUACAGAGAUCAGGAAUUAUCGGAGGGAGGUGGUGGAAGAUAUCAACAAAUUACUGAAAUAUCUAGAUUUAGAAGAGGAAGCUGACAAUACACAUGCAUUUGACCUGGGACAGAACCAUUCCAUUCUAAAAAUAGAAAAGGUCCUCAAGAGGAUGAGAGAAAUAAAGAAUGAACUUCUGCAGGCACAGACACCUCCUGAAUUAUACCUGAGCUCCAAGACAGAACUUCAGGGCUUGAUCGGACAGUUAGAUGAAGUGAGUCUUGAAAAAAACCCCUGCAUCCGGGAAGCCAGGAGAAGAGCUGUGAUUGAAGUACAGACCCUGAUCACGUACCUGGACCUGAAGGAAGCACUCGAGAAGAGGAGGCUGUUCCCUUGCGAGGAGACCGCCCCCAACAAGGCUGUGUGGGGUGUCCUUGGAAACCUGUCAGAGAUCCAGGGCGAAGUCCUCUCAUUUGGUGGAAACCGAACUGAUAAGAACUACAUCCGUCUGGAAGAGCUGCUGACCAAACAGUUGCUGGCCCUGGACGCUGUUGACCCCCAGGGAGAAGAGAAGUGUAAGGCUUCCAGGAAACAGGCUGUGAAGCUGGCCCAGAACAUCCUCAGCUACCUUGAUCUGAAGUCCGACGAGUGGGAGUACUGAUGGACCAGAACCUACCUGAUCUUGCUGGUUCGCACUUUAUCUUCUUUUAGAGAGCUUUCAGCUCAUGGAGCCUAAAUGUAAUUUCUAUGUGCAUAUUCAAUCUCAGUAUUUAUGAUUUAAUCAAAUUAUAUUCAGUAUUUCUGCUGCUUUUGAUGUUGCAAAACAAAUAUCAUUAUAGCACAUUAACUUUUCAUCUGGCUCAUUAUCCUGGUUUGUGUUGAUUUUGUGUGUUUUUAAUGGGAACAUGAAAAGGGCAGCAUUCCUCAUUUUUAAACGGGUUGUGCAAGCAUUAAAUGCAGAAUUUGAGAGUCUAACUCUAGGUAAACUUAGGGGCUGAAUGGGAAUAAAAUCCAAGUACAAAAAUAGUACAGAGAUGUUUUAUUAUGUAAACAGAACUGGGCCUUUUUUAAGUUACAAGGCUUGUUUGGUCCUUCCUCAUCUUAUGGGGAGGGGUUUUUGUUAGGAUGGUUUGUUUUUUUCAUAAACAUUUUUGUUCAGCAAAAAUUGUUCCCUUAUGCUUUUCAUUUUAAAGGCGGGGAAUCUUGUGUACAACACAAAAAAUUAAUGAGACCUAACAACCAAAAAUUUGAGACUGCUUGAGAAAGGGAAAAAAUCAUCAGUUAUUCAGUACCUUCAAGUUACUUUUGCUUGUGAGAUCUUACCUAAAAUUCUCCUUCUUAGUUAAUAAGGAUAGUGAACAUUUAAAUGAAGGCAGUGGACCAUUAGAGAACCAUUGCUGUCUCCCCGUAACUGGAGGAUGAAACCUGUUGUGGCCACGUCAGGUCCUAAGCUGAUGAGGAACGUCUGUCUGUAGCAUAAAUGAGAUGGGUUCCUUUGUUGGUCACAGCUGUGAAAUAGAAUGCCUGUUAAACAUGACAUCAUUUACACCAUGAUACCAGAGACUGGUGGUAAUCUUGGGGGACGGGUCUCUGCAGCUGUCAAUGGUAACUGCUGCUGGUACCCCAAAUAUCACCUGUACCUAGUUGGAGUGAGGCUGUGGGGUACCUGAUGAUAUUGACAUAAGGACUCCUCUUUUGCUGCCUGAAAAUUCAUUAGAACCUGUUGGGUAUAUAAAGGGUUUUAUUAUUUGUUUUUUUUUCCUUCUGUGUGUUUCUGUGAAUAUUUUCUACGUGUCCGACAUUAUGGUUAUCUAUUAAUGCAGAUAAAGAAUCCCCAGAAUUCUGCAGCACCUUCUCAGUAUGGUGCCAGCACCGUUACUAACAAACCCCAUGCCAUGUCCCAUUUCAUUACACGACCCUCUGACAGCCAACCUCAGCGCACUGUCUCAUAGAACAAACAGUAGGUCCCUGGGGCUUCUGGCAGUGAGUCCUCCCCACUAAAGUCCCUAAAACCCUCCAUUUGGCCAAAGCCGUGUGAUUACUGGUCCUCUGCGUCAUGGCUUUAGAACAUCCUUCAGGUCUGACUGCAGGUUUUUAAACAGCUCUUUGGGGAAUCAGUACAUGAAAGUCCCUUCAGGUGCACCUUUCACAGGGUUACUUAAUUCUUUAACUUUGUUUCUGAGGGUUACAGGGCAGUCUUUCUGCUCAAAGUGUCCAUUGUCCUGUUGAAGCAGGUUUUUGUCUCUAAAGUGGUUUUCUGUGACCUGCCAAGACACCCCACACUGCUGAGCUUGGAGCCCCGCUAAGCACAGGAAGCGCCUCCCCGCUCAGUGGGAUUCCACAUGGAUACUUUUGCUCCUGGAGGUGGUGGGAUAGACUUCAGCUCCUGUUACAGUUCCUUGGGCCCAAUUAUCUCAUAUAAAGAACACUAGCAAAGUUCAGACUGAUUGCUUGUCCCUGUUGGGACCCACGUGUGUCGCUGUGGCCGCUUCCUGGACUUUUUUAACUUGGGCUCUCCACUGUAGCAGUUCCAUGAUCAUAUGUGAAGAGACUGCAGCAAGCGAGGCCUUUAUCAGCAUUAAACCAUGUCAUCCCUGCUUCUGAAAAGAAAGAAAUACCUGGGAAUACUCACUAUCUUUCCUGAGGUUCGGGUAGCUUUGCCUUCAGUUCAUUCUUUGUCCACCUAGAUGAGUCUUAUGACAAAGUCGAUUUAAAUAAAUGGAACAAAUGUGUCUACUCA